UUCCCCAAUUUAACCCAAACCAGAAAUUGGAAAACAAAGAAGAAGAUGACGUAUUGCCAAUGUUGCAGACGGGCAUACUGGUCACGCGAAGGGGGCGCCUGCAAAGACUGCUACGAGAGGUCGGAAGAAACAGUUGAGGAGCUGCAACUAGAGAACGAAGAGCUUAAAGCCAAAAUUGCCUUCUUACGGAUUUCUUCUCCACUUGAUCACCGCGAUCAUGCAUCUUACAACGACGUCGUUUUGCUCGCUGCCUCCGACGACAGAACUUCUGAAUCCGCCGUUCCUGUCCUGGCUCAUAAGGUCAUUUUGGUGAAUCGUUCGCCAGUGUUGAAAGCCACGCUAGAGAAUGAGAUGGAAGAAAAGCAGACUGCAACCAUAGAGAUCACUGAUGCAUCACAUGAUGUUCUCUGUGAAUUUAUCAACUAUCUGUACACUGCUGAAAUAAGUCUUGAUGAGAAACUGGCCUGUGAACUUCUAGAAUUAGCAGAAAAUUAUGAUGUUGAGCAUCUUAAAGCCUACUGUGAGAAGUUCCUGGUGUCCAAAUUGAACUGGGAAAAUUCAAUCACGAGAUACGUAUUUGCACACCGACACAAUGCAGAACGUCUCCUUCGUGCAGCUUUAUCAUUGAUCACAAACAAUAUGAGCAAAUUCAUUAAAAGGUCUGAGUAUAUGGAGCUUGUUGAAAAGGAGCCUCGCCUGCUUGUGGAAAUCUACGAAGCUUACCUCUCCAAACAGAUCAACGCUGUUCUUCCAGAAAGUUCCUAUUGUGGACUUAACAAUUUAGAGGCAGUUAUUGGUGAUGAAAAGAAAAUGGAAAUAUGAAGUAAAUAUAAAAAGUUAGUUGGGCAUGAGGACACUGUCGUUUUACAAUUGUGUUUCAGUACUUUGUGUUUUUUAAUUGUAUGUAAUUUCAUGAUACGGUGUCGUUGUCUUGUUUGUUGAUUGUAAUUGUUUAACUGAUACGAUGUCGUUUCAUUAGUGGAGUGUGGUGUCUUAAAUAAUGGAACAAUAAUGAAAGUAUUCAGUUUUUGGCGCAAAACUCAUGUUAAGCUUCCCUCUUCUAUUCUGUAACCUUUCUCUGCUUUUGGAAUUUUUUUGAUUCUCUAAUUCAGUGCGACUUCGUGCAACAGUUCCACAGUCUUCCAAGU